GGGAAAGAAGCCCCACCCACCGGCGCCGACUUGCAUGAAUUUGCCGAGUCCGUGCACCCGGGCAGAAAGCACCUGUCCCCACAGCUAGAGAUGGCAGCUAGAAUCCGACAGGGGUCUUCUUCGGCCAAUCGGCGAACCCUUAAUCCGUCGCAAUCGAUCGCGCAUCGCCAAAAUUUCGGGUCCCUACCAAGCUAUCCAUUGCACCACCCAACACCGACCCGGAGCCUCCCACCGAACCAAGGCAAAGGCGUGUAUCAACGACAGCAACCCGACGAAAGCAACACCCGAACACGAAAAGAGGGCUCAAUUGACCCGAAACCCAGCCCGACAACAUACCAACCGCCAAACCCCAGCUCGGGAAAGAGCCGACGACCAAUCCGCGCCCAUCAUGAGACCCUCACCCGUCCUCCAGGUGCUAAAGUACAGGCACCUGAAGCUGACGACCAAGGACGUCAACAAGGGCUUCUACAAGGGAAACCGGACGGGCGCCAUGGGUCGCCACACAAAGUACGGAGGCUACGUGAUUGAGUGGCACAAGGUGCGGACGUACGUCGUGCCGGAGGGCUUGAAGGAUUUCAAGCUCACGCCGUUCGUCUCCGAGGCUGUGCGGCCCCUGAGGGGAUCGUACCCCACGAAAGAAGGUCCCCGCGACCCCAAGCUCUACUUGGAGAACUGGAAGCAGGUGAACGGUGUGGAUUAAGGGGGAGGUAGAGAGAGUCUGCAUGACUGGAAGACGAGGAAUAACCAGAAAAGAAGAAGAAGCGAGAAUGGGAAGCGCAGCAUUGGAAUUUGCUGCUGCUACGGAAUAGGAACGAACAACCCGAGAAAUAAGGGGCAGGAACAUAUUCUCCUCCCUCCCUCAAAACAAGAGUGUACAAGAGCUGUAUAUACCCUCGACGCUGUAACAAUAUGUAAAAAAAACAAAAUCACAUCCAACAAUGUGUUCAGGAAGGUCUUGCGGAUGAUGAGGGUUCGCGAAGACCCCAAGUGCGAGAGAAUAAGCUCCCCAAAGGGGAAACUAUGACAAUCAAGAAUUGUAUA